UUCCUUUUUUGUUAGAGCUUGGUGGAAGAGAUCGAUCGGAGAUGGUUUCAGUAGCGGCGUCGUCUUCACCGUCGACUGCAAGCUCGCCAUGCGCGGCCUGCAAGUUCCUGCGGCGCAAGUGUCAGCCGGACUGCGUGUUCGCGCCCUACUUCCCGCCGGACCAGCCGCAGAAGUUCGUGCAGGUGCACCGCGUGUUCGGCGCCAGCAACGUCACGAAGCUGCUCAACGAGGUGAACCCCUACCAGCGCGAGGACGCCGUCAACUCCCUCGCCUACGAGGCCGACAUGCGUCUCCGCGACCCCGUCUACGGCUGCGCCGGCGUCAUCUCCGUCCUCCAGCACCAGCUCCGCCAGCUCCAGCUGGACCUCGCCUUCGCCAUGUCCGAGCUCUCCAAGUACCAGUCCGCCGCCGCCGCCGCCGUCGGGCAUAGAUUCACGGAUGUCAACCUCCCGAUCGGGGCGGCGGGGAUAGGGUUCGGACUCGAACACUUCCUCCCGGUUGCUACUCGGGACGCAAACCACCAUCGACAUACGAUGGUGAGGAACUGCGACGCAGAUACUUCGGUAGCGAAGCUGCGCGCAAGUGGUGGAUACGUCGCAGGGCGUGCAGCGGCUUGGACUGCGUCCGCCUCGAGUCUCAUGCCGCUUAAUGGGCAGUCCACGAAGCCAAGCACGGCCGGCGUCGAUGAGAGGCCGGCCAUUGCGCCUCUGUAAGACUCCUUCUCGGUUAAGAUUUGGAGAGUAGCUGACCGCAGAAGAAGAAAACAAGCUACAAAGAAGAGACUUGUGAUCAAUGUAAUCCCAGUUCCUGGCUUUCUGUUUCUGUCUUGGCACUGUUCUUUUGCUGAAGUCGAUCGAUGGAUGGGAUCAUGUCCUUGAAUCCCUGGAGCUUGAUAUGCAGCAGUCCUUCCGGUUUCUGUCAUUCCUGUAGACUCUUUACAGCAACUCACAAGCCUUGCUAUUGAGCUUUGAGUUCUUGUUGUUCUAUGGUCAUCCUUUCAACAAAGAAAGAGAGAAGAGAAGCCAGACUACUCUUUUGUCAGCCUUUGGUGGCAUCAAUCUUAGUCUUUAUCAUGUUUUUUCCUUCAGGAAUUAAAUGGACCGCUUUACAUGUUGA